AGCAUUUAAAGCUCUGAAGCAGGAAUUGAAGCAGGAACUGAAGCUUAGGGCGGGGGAGUACUGGGAAAUGCCCAAGGACAUAAGGCCUUGGUGACCUUUGAGGACGUGGCUGUGCGCUUCACCCAAGAAGAGUGGGCUUUGCUGGAUCCUUCCCAGAAGAUUCUCUACAGAGAUGUGAUGCGGGAAACCUAUAGGAAUCUGACUUCUGUAGGUAUAAACUGGGAAUGCUGGGAUUUGGAAGCUUGUUUCAGAAGUCUAGGGAGAAAUCUGAGAGUCCAAGUGGUAAAGAGAAAGUGUGAACUUACAAACAGUGGCCCGUGUGCAGAAACAGUUGUCCAGUCAAAGCUUCCUGAAUGUCACACCGCCAUUCAGUCAUCCCUGAAGAGGCCCACUACAUCCAACUCUAAGUACAGACCAUGUGACUAUCAGAAAUACGUAAAGAAAUACUAUGAAUGUAAAAUGUGUGGUAAAGUCUUUAUGUGCCUUGGCUCCCUUAAGAAACAUAAAAAGACCCAUAGCGGAGAGAAGCCGUAUAAAUGUAAAUACUGCGAGAAGGCCUUCAGUUACCGCUACUGUGUUGACAGGCACAUGCUCACUCACAACACAGACAGGUAUAAGUGCAGGGUAUGCAGAAAGACAUUCUCUAACGCCAUUGCCCUUAGGGAACAUAAAGCGAUUCACUCCGGAGAGAUACCUGAAUGUAAGGAAUGUGGAAGAAUGUUCUGGACUUCCAGUUCCCUAGACUUGCAUAAAAGGCUUCAUACUACAGAAAAACUGUAUGAAUGUAAACACUGCGGGAAAGCCUUCACUGGUUACUGUUCUUUUCAACUGCAUAAGAGGACUCACACUGGGGAGAAACCUUAUGAAUGCAAGCAGUGUGGGAAAACCUUCAGACACUCCAGCCAUGUUCAAGCACAUAAGCGAAUUCACACUGGAGAGAAGCCUUAUGAAUGUAUGCAGUGUGGGAAGACAUUCACUUCUGGCCACUGUGCAAGAAGACAUCUAGGGACGCACAGUGGAGCCUGGCCUUACAAAUGUGAGGUAUGCGGGAAAGCUUACCCCUAUGUCUAUUCCCUUCGAAACCACAAGAAGUGCCACAAUGAAGAAAAGCUUUACGAAUGUAAACAAUGUGGGAAAGCCUUUAAAUGUAUUUCUUCCUUACGCAACCAUGAGACCACUCACACUGGAGAGAAGCCGUAUGAAUGUAAGGAGUGUGGGAAGGCCUUCAGUUGUCCCAGUUACAUUCAGAAUCACAUGAGAACACACAAAAGGCAGGCCUAUGAGUGUAAGGAGUGUGGCAAGGUGUUCUCAUACUCCAAAAGUCUUCGGAGGCACAUGGCUAUACACAGUUAAUUGGAGGAGGAUCGUUUAAAUACUUACGUCAAAGAGCUCUGCACAUUCCAGCUCCUCGUUAAAAAAAGAAAAAAAAAAUGGCAGUGGAAAGCGAGCCUCUGAAUGCAGUGUGUGUGCCAAAGGCCCAGUGUUUGCCACGGUUUGUGUGACAAAGCCUCUGAGUUGAAAGAACACUAGAAAGAGGUUCAUCUCUCAGGAUGUACUGACGAGGACUUCCACAGAGAGAACUUGGGAAAGCUUUCUGGCCAUUCUUGCUAGCACACAUGGGAAGACAUGGUGAAGAGAAAGAGAUCUGUGUCUGUUAGCCUCUCCCACCCUACCUUGUAACAAAGUCUUAAGUCAGGUGCCGUGUUACGUCCAUGACCCACCACAGACACGAAAUCCGUAAAUGGAGACAAUUGUUGGAUUCUUGCCAAGUUAACAAAUGUUUUCAAACCCACGAAGUGAGUUCCUAAAGAAGUAUAAAACCUGCUGAUCCAAUGCUGCCUAGAAGCCACGAUGGGACAGUGGUGACAGUGGCCUGUGGUUUCUCUCAGUAGCUCACUGCUAAAUGUGUCAGUGUACUGUGGACUUCUGAUUCUUAGUCAUAAUUUGGUUGGUAUUUGGAGUUUCAAAUGUGCAUACUGUCUUGAUUAUGUCUACCCAAAGUUACCCCAGACACUCCUCAACAUGUCCCCCUCCCACCUUCAUGUCCACUCCCCACCCGCUCCCGUUUUCUUUUUCAUAACCCAUUAUCUUAUGCACCUAGCCAAAGCUUCAGUGUGUUGAACAAUGAAACAGCUGCACCCUGUCCUCCGCUCCUACAUCUUUCAACCCCUUCUGUGGGUUUUAAGCAAUCGUUUCUGGGUGGUUUUAAUAUCUAUUUAUUGGGGGCGGAAUGAGUCAUGCUGAAACACCCGUGUUCAUCUGAACCUACCUGGUUCUAGUUUCGCUCUCCAAUGUAAGUGGGACCAUAGUUGUCUGCCAAACUUCCCAGGCUGUAUGUGUAUUCAAUGAGAGUGGUUUUUCCUUGUCCACAAAAUUUCAUUUGUUGCAUUUUAACAAAGUUAGAUCCUACAAGUAAGUUGAAAUGUAUUUGAAGGGCUGGCAAGGUGGCUCAGUGGAUUAAGGUGCUUUCUGCCUACCCUGAUGACUUGAGUUCAAGUCCUAGAAAACGUAAAAUAAACCAACUCCUGUAAGCUGCCUUCUGACCUCCACACAUACCACAAGUACAAAAUAAAAAUACAGUUCAAAUAUACAUUUUAAUCAUAAUUUUAAGUACUUUUGUGGUUAAUGGGCCAAUAAAAACUGACUUUGAAAAUUGUCCAGUUUGUAGAGACUAUUGUAUGGAAACAUCACCUGUCCAAAAAAAAUAAAUAAAAUAAAAUAAAAUAAAAAAAAAA